GUUUUCUUAUCACUAUUCUCAGAUAGGAAUCAUAUUAAGUGCUAAGCCAUUUGGAAGAUAAGGGUUCGACCAUUGUGAAGACACCUUUACAGUAUAAAUUCCAUUCUAGUCCAUUAUCAUGGCUCAUAUGAUUAGUAUAACUAAAAUUUUAAAUAUUACAAUAAUUCUAAUAAUGAAUAGUUUGAUUUCAUCAGGAUCAUUUUUUGAGAAUUUCUUGUAUCAUACAAGCAUUCAUUUAAGAAAAGAGAGCAAACUUAAUCAUGCAAAUGGUUUGGAUCCAUUACAUUUUGAAAGAACUCUGUCAAUGAACGAUCCCAAUUUGAGGUUAGAUUUAUCAUUCAAUGGUUUUUUGAAAGGACACACUAAUUACAACUUAGAAAAGAUGGCUAUUACUCCUGACUUAAAUGUGUCCUUUGUUGGAACACUGAUCGAUACACAAAUAUCUGGAAGCUAUAAGAUGAAUGGGUCAUAUUUCACCGUUUUACCUAUAGUAGGAGAUGGAAUAUAUUUAUUCAAAUUGAAAAAUCUAGGUGUGGCCCUAGAUACAAAAAUUCAACCUAAAGGGGGUCAUAUACAAAUUCAUACUUUUGACGUGGAUUAUAUUUUUGAUGAUUUUGAGAUUUCAUUAUGGGGGCUAACUGGAGACCAAGCUGUUGGCAACAUCUUAGAAGAGUUCGCAAAGGAUUUCAUUACAGUAAUAUUAUGUCAGAAGAAGGACACAAUCACAAAGCAUCUUAAAAGUUAUGUUUUAGAAGAAGGAAAUGCAAAACUGAAAAAUAUGACAUUCGCAAACAUGAUUGAGGUGGUGAAACAAAUUUUUGUUUACUGA